AUAGUCUCACUCUGUCGCCCAGGCUGGAGUGUAAUGGCGCGAUCUCAGCACACUGGCAACCUCCACUUCCUGAGUUCAAGUGAUUCUCAUGCUUCAGCUUCCCAAGUAGCUGGGAUUACAGGAGAGCGGAAUGGGCAUCUCUGUGCAGAACGUUUGGUCCACAAAACUUUUUAAAAUAUAUACUCCAGAAGAUUAAAAAUCUCCAGCGCACUCGAGAUCAUGCCCGCUUGGAUCCAGCCCAGCGCGCCAUCAGCGCCUCUGUCACUUUCAGAACUCUUGGCGCCCCCUCGGCCCCCGUAGAGCAGCGUUGAAAACGCUCAAGUGACGUCGCUUGUUUCCCUGGUGACGGUUGCCAGGGCAGCGCGUGCCGGCGUCCGGAGGAGGUAACCUAGCCGCGGCGGUCUUAGAAGGCAGAAGUGGAGAGAGACCGCUGGCAGGAUGGCAGCAGAUGAAAGCUCACAGAACACUUUGCGGCUCCAGUUCAAGGCAAUGCAGGAGAUGCAGCACAAACGGUUACAGAAGCAGAUGGAGAAAAAGAGGGAAAAAGAACUGAGCCUCAAAAGCAGAGCUGAUGACCAAGAGGAGCCCUUGGAGGUUUCAGGUGGCCUCAGCCUUCUCCACGCAGGGGAGCCAAACUCAAAAAAUAGCUUUGAGAAGAGGGUGCUUGAAGAUGAGAUUGAACACCUUCGAAAUGAGCUCAGGGAAACAGUGGAUGAGAACGGGCGAUUGUAUAAGCUGCUGAGGGAAAGGGACUUUGAAAUCAAACACCUCAAAAAGAAAAUAGAAGAGGACAGAUUUGCCUUCACAGGGACAGCCGGUGUAGCCGGAGACGUGGUCGCCACCAAAAUUGUGGAGCUAUCAAAAAAGAACCGGCUGUUGAUGGCAGAAUCAGAGGGUGCAAAAACCAGGGUGAAGCAGCUGACCAAUCGCAUCCAGGAGCUGGAGCGGGAACUGCAGACAGCCCUGACCAGGCUGUCAGCCAAGGGGGCUACCGACUCAGGAGCCAAGCCACCGAGGGCCCAGAUGGGAGACAGAGCAUUGCUGGAGACCCCAGAGGUGAAGGCCCUGCAGGACAGGCUGGCGGCCACCAACUUGAAGAUGAGUGACCUCCGCAACCAGAUCCAGUCUGUGAAGCAGGAGCUGCGGAUGGCACAGAAGGUUUUGGCCAGUGAGGUUGGGGAAGAUGUCAAUGUCCAGCAGCUGCUAUCCUCACCAGGGACCUGGAGGGGUCGGGCUCAACAAAUUCUUGUUUUGCAGAGCAAGGUUCGAGAGCUUGAGAAGCAAUUGGGCCAGGCCCGGAGCCAGUCUGCGGGAACAGCCAGUGAUGAGUUGUCUGUCUAUCCAGACCCAAGGAAGCUGUCGGCACAGGAGAAAAACCUGCUGAGGAUCCGCAGCCUGGAAAGGGAAAAACAGGAAGGCUUGGAGAAACUUGCCAGUGAGCGGGAUGCCCUCCACAGAGAGCUUGAAGAGCUAAAAAAGAAGUUUGAGGGCAUGAAGUCUCGGAACAAGCUGCUGUCGAGUGAGAUGAAGACCCUCAAGAGUCAGAUGGGAACCCUGGUGGAGAAGGGUCGGCAUGAUGACGAGCUCAUCGACGCCCUCAUGGACCAGCUGAAGCAGCUACAGGAAAUCCUAGGCAGCCUGAGUCUGCAGGAAGAGAAGAUGCGAGUGUCCCAGCACCACCUGGACCAGCAACUGAACAGCGAGGCUCAGCAGAGCAACAGCCUAGUCGCCCAGCUGCAGGCCAUGGUGGCUGAGCGGGAGGCCAAAGUGCGGCAGCUGGAGAUGGAGAUCAGACAACUCAAUGUGCACUAUCUUCAGAAUAAAGGAGUGAGUGAGGGGUCCAGUGGUCACGAGGUCAGCCCUGCCUAUACCCAGUUCCUGGAGGACCCAGGCCUGACCAAGUCCCCGGCCUCAGCAGGCGAUCAUGUUGGCAGGCUUGGAUCUUCUCGCUCUGUGACCAGCCUGGGCCACACACUGGUGGAAUCUGCUCUCACGAGGCCUUCCCUGCCCAGUCCCCACAGGACCUCACCUAGGUUCUCGGACUCCCCAGAACAAAAAGGCUGGCAGGCACAAGUGACAGAGAUCAAGGCCCUCUGGCAGGCUGCCGAGGUGGAGCGUGACCGGCUCACCGAGUUUGUCACUGUCCUGCAGAAACGGGUGGAGGAGAGCAACAGCAAGCUCCUGGAGUCAGAGAGGAAGCUGCAGGAGGAGCGACACCGCACCGUGGUGCUGGAGCAACAUCUGGAGAAGAUACGCUUGGAGCCAGGGAAGGCGUCAGCCUCCCAGAGAGCAGCUCCCAGGACCAAAACAGGUCUGCCCACCUCUAACAACAGGCAUAACCCAACCGGGAGCGAGAAGAAGGACCCAUCCUUUGCCCAGCUCUCCGAUGUGCCCGUGGAAUCCCAAAUGGAAGAGCUGACAACCAGGCUGGCCAUCCAGGUGGAGGAGAAUGAAAUGCUAAAGGCUGCCCUGGGCAGUGCCCUGCGGGGAAAGGAGGAGGACUUCCGGAUGUACCACGAGAUCCUGGGCCAGGUGAAAAGUGUCUUCCUGCAGGCCCUGCGACAGCAGAAGACAGACAAGCAAUAGGAUGACAGCCCAGUGUCGGCCUGGCCGGGUGGGCAGCCUCCGGUCUUGAGAGGAUAAGACUCUGUCUGAGGACUCCAUCUGCUCCGGGAAGCCAGCCCAGGGCAGCCAGCUCAACCACUUCUUCCAGAAGAGGCUCCUUAAGGAUGACCAAAACCAAUGUCUUAGGCCAGGAAGGCAGAAGAGAAACCCUGGUGGGACACUGCAGGAGACCCUGGGCCGGCUGGGUUACAGCAGUGGGGAGGCCCAGUGGCCCACUGGCAGAGGCGAGAGCUCUGGGACAGCAAGGCGGCUGUGAAUGGACAGAUGCAGUCCCUCGGGCAGGUGUUCAUCACCCUUGUCCUAGGUACUAGCCCUGGAUGUCCCCAUGGCUUCAGACACAGAAGAGCCCUUGGUUACCCUAACUGGGCAUAUCCCCCAUGCCACUCAGCCCCGCCCUAUCCCCUCACCCCCAUUCCGGCUCCAUCUGUAGCCAUCCACACCCUACACAGACUUGGGGCACUAUGCUCUCAACCAGUUUGUCAGCCCACUCCUCAGGACACUUCCUCAGGUGCAAACCCUUGGACUGGUAAUAAUAAUAAGUAUUUUCAUAAUCACUGCAGCUCCCAGUGAGUGAGCAUCUACUGUGGCAACCUGACCCCAUCCAGUCCUCUAAUAACCCAGGGGUUUGUUGUCUUAUUUGACUGAUGAAGAAACUGAGGUUCACAGAAAGAAGCUGAGCUAAUAUUUAACUGCAGUCUGCCUGACCCCAAAACCAGGGUCUUGCCGUUCAGAGAUUACCCAGGGUAGGCGCACCCACCCACCACUGAACAACCCCAUCCCUAGGCAGCUGCUCCAAGAGGCAUCUUUGUUUGCUCACCAAGACUGCAGCUGAUGGAGGCUGGUGGCAGAGGGCCGAGGUGGGGCUCGGCUGGAGCUUCAGGCAGAAGGGUUUUGAGGUAAUGGGUCCAGUCGAAGGUACGGUGCACCUCCCUCGCCAUGGUGAACUUGGAGGGAUGCUGCAGGGGCACCCUAAGAUCCGCAGGCCUCUUUAUGACUGUCACGGUGUUGCCCUUUCUCAGCUGUAACUAUGGACUUAUAGCUACGGGAAGGAGUGGCCCCAGGGAGGGUCACUCAUAGCCACACACCCCAACUCCGACACCCUGGCCACACAGGUGCACCCACAGCCCCACACAAAGAUGCAGAUGCACACACAUACCUCAAUUCAGGAGCAUGCAACUGUACGUGCACACAGGCACCUCCAUGUGUGCACACUCAUGGACACACAGGUGCAGAUGAGCACACACAUGUGAAGACAUAGCCACUUGUGUGUUGCUUGUACAGUGAUGCACAAAUGCAGGUGCACAUACUAUGAAAACACCCCCUUCCCCAGGAAAAGCCACUGGGGCUCCUGGGACCAUCUUCUCAGCUCCUUCCUUGGAAAAGCCCACUGGGGCUCCUGGGACCCUGUUUUCUCAGCCCCUUCCUUGGGGAUGGGGCUAUGCAGGGACCCUAGCCAGCCCCUACUCCUCAGGGAGCCCCUGACCCUCCAUGGGGUCACACGGAUCUAGAGAUCCCACAGCAAGUUAGAGCAAAGGCCAUCGGGAUGAACUGAUGAUUCUGAUGGGGUCCUAAGGGUCUCUGGGAAGGAAGAGUUUUUCUCUGGUUCCUUGUGAAGGAAAAUGGCCAGGCAGAGAGCCAAGAGAGAGAGGGUCUGUGCUGGGAGGGGACAGUGUGUGACAGCGAGGGGUGGGCUGGAUGCAGAUUCUGAACACAAAGGAGUCAGCACCUUCUCCUGCAGGCCCUGAGGAGCUCCAGAGGGUGAUCUGAGUAUGUAGGGUACAGGUUCUGGCCUCAGUGCAGUUCCAGGGAGUGAGAAGCAGGCAUAGGACCAGCCAUCCUUCCUCAAGAUCACCUCAGGGAAGGUGCAGAGAUGGCGUGACCCACACUCCAGCCACUUCAGGGUGGUUCUGCUGCCCUUCCUGGGCUACGACUGAGAGAGGAAGGAGCAUUAAGUCAUGGAGUCUGGACAGGUGGGGCUGCCUGGGGCAUACUUCUCUCCCCACUUAUCAGCUGUGUGGCCUUGAGCAAGUUAUUUAACCUCUCUGAUCCUCCACAUUCUUAUCUAUAAAGUGCAGACAAUAAUAGAAUCCUCCCUCAGGGGUCUGUUAUUAAUAUGCAUGUCAAAGAAUAACCCAAAGACGUUUCACUA